AUGUCGGCUGCUAAUCUGAGAGACGAGAUGAAUUGCUCUAUCUGCCUAAAUAUUUAUACAGACCCUGUAACCCUGCUGUGUGGCCAUAACUUCUGCCAGGACUGCAUUGGGAGGCUGUUGAAUACCCAGGAGGAAUCUGGGGAUUAUUCCUGUCCUGAAUGCAGAGAAAUAUUUGGGGAGCGCCCAGCCCUGAAGAAGAACACAACUCUGGGAAACUUAGCAGAGCUGUUCUUUUCUACUCAACCAGAACAGGAUGGAACUGGGAUCUUCUGCACUUAUUGUAUUCACUCUUCCGUACCUGCUGCAAAAUCCUGUCUGAACUGUGAGGCUUCUCUGUGUGUUGACCAUGUGAGGGUGCACAGCAAGUCAGCAGAACACAUCUUAAUGGAACCCACAACUCCCCUGGGCAACAAAAAAUGCUCUGUACACCAUAAGAUUCUGGAGUAUUACUGCUGUAAGGAUGGUGUCUGUAUCUGUGUGUCCUGCUGUCUGGCCGGUGAGCACAAGGGGCAUAGGAUGGAGCUGUUGAGUGAGGCCUCUGAAAAGAAGAAAGAGAAACUGAGGAGAAUUCUGGAGAAACUGAGCCCAGAGAGAGAGGAGACUGAGAGAGAAGCCCAGAGGCUGCUGGAGCAUUGGAGACAGGUGGAAGAAAAAGCAGCCAGUGAGACAGAAAGAGUCACUGCCCUGUUUAGAGUCAUCAGAGAACAGCUGGAAGCCCUCGAGAAGAGACUUCAGAGUGACAUCUCCAGGCAGAAAGAUGAGCUUUCCCUUCAACUUUGUGAGCUAAUCCAGCAGCUGGAAAUGAAGAAGGACGAGCUGUCCAGGAAGAUCAGUCACAUUGAGGAGCUGUGCAACAUGGCAGAUCCACUCACUGUCCUACAGGAAAAGGAAUCAGAUGGAGCGGACUUUUGUAGAUCUGAGUGGGAAUAUAGAGAGGGCAAAGAGACUGGUGAUAUAAAAGUUCCUUCUGUAGAAGAUCUAGACAUGGAUCUAAUCUUAGACACAUUAAUUAGAGCCCUAGCCAGCAUUGGAACUGGAAUUAAAGCAAAUAUCUAUGGAUAUGAAGCUACAGACAUGUUACUAGAUGUAGACACACUGGGGAAAUAUGUAUCUGUGUCGGGGGACAGAAAAUCAAUAUCCUAUUCAAGGACAGACCACGGUCACCCACAAACUCCAGGAAGAUUUCUGCGUUAUCCUCAGGCCUUAAGCACCAAGAGAUUCACCUCUGGGCAACACCACUGGGAAGUGGAAGGCAGUAAAUUAGGAGGCUGGGGGGUAGGGAUAGCCUAUCCCAGUAUAGAGAGGGGAGGGUACGAUUCCUUCCUUGGGGAUAAUGAUAAGUCCUGGGGAUUGUACAGAUGGGAUAAUAAGUAUUCUGUGAGAUAUAAGAGGAAAGAAACCAAGUUACCCCACGUCCCUUCCUGCAGGAGAAUCAGAAUCUCACUAGAUUAUGAGGCCGGACAUCUGUCCUUUUAUGAGCUGAGUGAGCCAAUCAGACACUUACACACCUUCACUGUCACAUUCACUGAGCCCCUCCAUGCUGCAUUUGGUGUAUGGAAUAAUACCUGGGUGAGAAUCAUUAAUUAGGCCUUUGGAAACCCAAUCUCAGAGUUGAACCUAACCCUAAAAUGUCAGGUAAUGUAGCAAAUACUGGGGUCCUGUCUGUGUCCUGCUCACGCUCCCCUCUUUGCCAUUGAGUUAUAACCCCCAUUUCUCACAUGUAACUUGCUAAUCUCAGAUACCCCCCCUCGAGAUGAUCCAUGUGUCAUUAUACAGUAUAUUCUUAUAGCUUCAUUGUUUUAGUCCUUUUUCUUAUUAUUUAUAACUCCCUCUGUUCUGUUAUUAUUAUAAAUAGACUAAUGUUAAUACUAAUGUUACCGUGUCAACUGUGUAUAGAAAAUCUUUUAAUGAUCCUCAAUACCAGUCAGCAUCAUGGGGGCUCAUGGGAAAGAGAAUGAAACACUGGAGGUUUGUCCAUUAUUGGAUGCCGUAGUUCCCUUACAUACCUGGAGGGAGUGGGAGAGAAAAUGUCCCCAUGCUGACUGGUAUUUCCCAUGAAUGUUAUUAGAAAUGAUUUUCAUGUUACCUAGAGAUUUUUUUAGAAGAUUCUUAUUUGGGGAUAUGGGAUUUAUAAAGAUAAAUGUGGAAUAAAAUAUUUAUUGAUGAAGUGAAUAAAUGUUUUGGGGUCUUUCUAUAGCCUCCCCAUUAUUUAUAUGCAUUGAA